AUGGAGGCGCUUCUUCACCAAUCGCGGGCCAUGUGUCCGUUUUUGCACAAGACCUCGCCCGCUACGCUGAGGUCGCUCUCCACCUCGACCGCCGCUCACAGCGCUUCGACCGGCGGAGGAAGCAUGUCCAACCUGCAGCUUAUUGCUCGCCGCUGCCCCGUCAUGGGCAAGGCCCUCACUGUGCAGAGCGCCCGCACCGGCAACACCGUUCUUGCUGGCGCUUUCGGCGGCUCCCGUGCCUACCACGCCAAGGUUGGCCACAGGGCCAGGCUGCACACCUCCUCCUCGAAGGAGGCCCAGGCUGUUGACGUUGCUUCUGUGCGCCGCGAGAGAGUUCCCUUCCCGCAAGGCACCCACCCAACCCAGACCCCUGCGAGCUCCGCCGCCCAGCACCUUUCCGGCAAGCCGCCAACACCGCAGCCUGUCAAGUUCGAUUAUGAGGGCUUCUACCAGAACGAGCUCGAUAAGAAGCACAAGGACAAGUCGUACCGCUACUUCAACAACAUCAACCGUCUGGCCAAGGACUUCCCGCGUGCCCACAUGGCGACCGAACAGGAGGAAGUGACAGUCUGGUGCUCGAACGAUUACCUCGGCAUGGGCCGCAAUCCGCACGUCCUGAAGAGGAUGCACGAGACGCUGGACAAGUAUGGAGCCGGAGCCGGCGGCACCAGGAACAUCUCUGGCCACAACAAGCACGCCGUUGAACUGGAGGGCACCAUCGCGCAGUUGCACGCGAAGGAGGCUGCCUUGGUUUUCUCUUCCUGCUAUGUUGCGAACGAUGCCACUCUCGCAACCCUCGGCAGCAAGCUUCCCGACUGCGUCAUCCUCUCGGACAGCCUGAAUCACGCCUCGAUGAUUCAGGGUAUUCGUCACUCGGGAGCGAAGAAAAUGGUGUUUAAGCACAACGAUAUGGCCGAUCUUGAGGCGAAGCUUGCUUCCCUUCCUCCGGACACUCCGAAGAUCAUCGCGUUUGAGAGCGUUUACAGCAUGUGUGGGUCCGUCGGACCAAUCGAGGAGAUCUGCGACCUCGCGGAGAAGUAUGGCGCCAUCACCUUCUUGGACGAGGUUCAUGCUGUCGGCAUGUACGGCCCACACGGCGCUGGUGUUGCCGAGCACCUGGACUACGAGGCCCACGUUCAGGGUAAGCCAAAGGGCACCGUCAUGGACCGUAUCGACAUCAUUACCGGCACUCUCGGCAAGGCGUACGGAUGCGUGGGUGGCUACAUUGCGGGAUCGGCCAAGUUCGUUGACGCCAUUCGUUCCCUGGCUCCCGGCUUCAUCUUCACCACUUCGCUUCCUCCAGCAACCAUGGCUGGUGCUCAGACUGCAAUCGAGUACCAGAUGAGUUAUCAGGGUGAUCGCCGCCUCCAGCAGCUGCACACUCGUGCCACCAAGGACGCGCUGGCUGAGAGGGACAUUCCGGUCAUCCCCAACCCCAGCCACAUCGUCCCUCUUCUCGUUGGUAAUGCCGAGGUGGCCAAGAAGGCCAGUGACAUGCUUCUUGAUGAGUGGAACAUCUACGUCCAGGCCAUCAACUACCCGACUGUCCCCGUCGGCCAGGAGCGUCUGCGUGUUACCCCCACCCCUGGUCACACGCGCGAGUACCGCGAUCACUUGGUGAAGGCCAUCGACAGCGUCUGGACCCAGCUCGGUAUCAAGCGCACCAGCGAGUGGGCUGCCGAGGGCGGGUUCAUCGGCGUUGGUGAGGCGGAUAAGGUUCCCGAGGCAGCUCUCUGGACCGAUUCCCAGCUCGGCAUUGAUGGCGUCGUCGAGCAGCUGAAGGCCGGCCAGGGCGCGGCUGGCGUGCUCGAGGCUGUUCUCGAGCAUGAGAGGAAGCAGACAGCCAGUGCGGUUGCCGGUGCGGCUUAA